AACCAUUUAGAUGAGUCGUUGAAACCAGAGCUCUUGUCACGUCGCCGCAUUCAAACAAAGCCUGCUCCUCUUCCUCCUCGUCGCUUGCGUGUGGCUUCAUCCUCUUCACUUCACCACCAUCGUCGCUCCUACCAUUUGCAGACACACACUUACACACACAUUUACACAGAGAGGAGAGGAGAAUAGAAUAGAAUAGAAUAGAGCGGACGAGGAGGAGAGAGUACGUAGCUUAGGCUUCGUUACGUUUCUACCAGGCUCUGCUGGAGAAUAUAUAUAAUAAUAAUAAUAAUUUGUGCUUGUUAGCUUUCGUCCAAUCAGACCUGGCCACCAGAAGCUCUUCGAGGAGGAGCUCCCUGCAGUUAUAUUUUAGUUGCACAACACACACACACACGGAUAAAUAGUGGUUGAAUUUACUUAGGGAAAUGUUAUUCUUAUGAAUCAUCUUGACUGGAAAUUUGGAGAGGAGUGUACUUUUGGUAUUGAGAAACAAUGCCCGAUUGCUGCAAUGACACGGCUUGUGUAUCUGUCACCGCUACUGUCCUCGCUCGUGUAGUCACGCGCUGGUCUCAUGGUCCACUAGUUAGGAGAUCUCUAGAUAGUCUUUACACGCGGUAUUGGUGAAGGUUGGAUGUGUAGAGAAGUGCACAUUAAGCGCCCGGAGGUUUAUGGCUAUUUAGGACAAUUCUGUUUGUUGCUGCUGGCCUGCUAGCGAUCAGGACUAAUAUUUAUACGAGGGAGGUUGAUAGGCACGUGCUAAUGUGGAGCGGGAUGUUUUGUUUAGAAAUUUAGCUUGUCUUACGAACACACCUCGUUGCUCCUGCUAGGCUUUCAUUUUGUGGCACUGUCCGAAACACGGCGAAUUUAGUGUUGAGCGUGGUUGGAUUUUCUUACGAAAUGUUCUAAAGGUGUCCAAGAUUUCUCGCUGGACCUGCAUUGCUCCCAGGAAUCGUAAGCAUGUUUGGAUCAUAUGCUUACGCUGCUUGUGGAUGCGGAGCGGGAGCGAACUUGUGGAUAGAAGCAUGGUUUGGAGAUUGUAUUUAUUCUCACUGGGAACUGACUUCCUUUUGCUUCGGCUUGUCAUCAGUCUUGUUCUGGUUAGUUGCUCAAGUGCCACAGUUCAUUAGCAAUUGGCGCCUGCAAAGUGCGGAAGCUCUUUCACCCUGGUUCCUCUUUCAAUGGCUUGCGGGAGAUACGUUCAACUUUCUUGGAUGUCUUCUGACCGGUAAUCAGCUUGCUACUCAAACUUUGUCGGCCAGUUACUUUAUGUUUGCAGAUUUCAUAAUUAUAAGCCAGUACUCGUAUUAUCAAAAACCAAGUUUUCCGGAAAAAGAACCGCGGCAUUCCACAGAGAAGGAUCCUGGGAUGACGGAGGGGAAGUUAGACGUAGUGUAUCGUCUUGUAUCCCCGCCUUCCGGCUUAUCUGGUAGAGGUUGCUCUAGAGAUAUUGAGAAUGGCGGUGAAAAACUAAAAGUCUGCCAGAGACAUCUGGACAAAUAUCAGAGUGGGAAGGACACACGGCUCCUUACAAACUAUACAUGUGACGUCACGAAUCCGAAGUCUAAAUAUUCCAAUAGACCUGACUUGACAGCCUCAACAUCCCCUUCCUUGAACAGGGAGCUACGACGGGUUAUUAUGCAGUAUGGCUUGGAGUACGGUCACCCUGCUGGACCACUUCUGAGAAUAUACCAUGGCCCUCUAAGAAAGCAUCGUAAAUAUGUUGGAAUAGCUGCUAUUGCUAGCGUUGUUUGUCUAGGAGCUACUGCGCUUAGUUUGGGGUCAGGCAAUCAGUCUGCUGUUAGUGUGGUGGGAUCAUCAAUUGGAAGAAAGUUGCUGAUCAUCUGUAAUGAUCCAAGAGCAUUGUGGAUUAAAGACAGUGGAACCGUGAUUGGAUGGGCAUCUGCGUCUUUGUAUCUUGGAUCUCGAAUAUCUCAAGUAGUCAAAAAUCUUGAUCGUGGAUCUGCGGAGGGAUUAUCACUUGCUAUGGUUUCUUGUGCCAUUUUGGCUAAUCUCACUUACGGCAUCUCCAUUGUUAUGCGAUUGAAUUCUUGGCUAGGGUUCUUUGCGAAGGCACCGUGGCUGGUAGGGAGCUUAGGAACAGUGUCCCUCGAUUUUUUCCUUCUCCUGCAGGCACAUUAUCUCGUUUACCAGUCUCAAUCAAGGAAGGAUAAGCUGAGUGAGUACACACCACUGCUAAUCAAAUGAAACAAGCAUGUUGUUUUGGCAUUGAAUGUAGGACCUUCAAUCGGUUUCGAAAUAUAGCAUGUACAUAAUUAUAAUUGCUCACUGUAGCAUAUCACUAGAGCACCCACCAUUGGGACGCAGGCUUAGAUGAGAAUGUUUUCCCAAUGAUACAUUCACAAUGCAAAUGCACGGUACCAUGUAGCUGCCAUGCGUAUGUUGUAGCUUUCGCUAUCUUUGAUUCGUUAUUGUAAUAUUAGAAUAACUUGGUCACUAGGUUAUUGUGAGUCA